CGAUACUGUUAAUGUUUUCCUUUACCCCCUAUUGAUUGAUUGUGUAAGCCACAAGUGGGAGUAAAGAGGUACGUACCCGGAGUACCUCCGAGAAUGUCAUCGAAUCGCCCGCUGAGCUUUAUCGAAUAAUUCAAAUCUGAUAGUCCUCGAGAAUUGAAAAUUGGAAUCAUCUAGGCAGGCUAGGGAUGCGCUCGCAGGAUUAUUCAUGAUAAUGCACUCAUAUCCUCAAGCCACUGACAUCGUGUGAGUGGUAUCUACCAUGCCUUGGGGCGCCGUAUAGGAUUCGUUGCGACCAAAAUAAACUACCAUCAUGAAAUAGAAUUAGUAAUUCAACCAUCUUCGCGAAUGAUGGUGUGUCUCAUGUGGUGGUAAUGCCUCGGAUAUUAUUGGAUAUGCAGCGCCGAACACCGACGUCACUCUCGGGCAAUCCUCUUCGUAUUAUAAAUCGAUAUGCUUCCCCGCGCUGAACCCGCCACAUCUUAUUGCUAACCAAUUUCAACUCCCAUUGUUUAGCAUCAUGUUGGUUCUUGUUACUGGUGCCACAGGCAAUAUUGGUCGCCAUCUUAUUGAUAGCCUUCUGGCUAGAGGUCAUAAAGUUCGGGCGCUAGCUCGUAAUGCUUCUGCCAAAUUGUCGCCCGAAGUUCUAUCAAGGCUCGAAAGUGUCGUGCAGAGUACUGGAUACGAUGAUAUCGCCUCGCUAGAUCGUGGCUGCGCCGGUGUCGAUGCCAUCAUCAACGCCUAUAGUGGAAGACCAGAGCUAACACUCGAAGGUCAGCUCUUACUCUUGCGCGCCGCGGAACGAGCGGGUGUAAAGCGUUUCUUCGCUGCGUGUUGGAACUAUGACUGGACUACUCUCAAACUCGGCCAACAUGAGGGUUAUGACCCUUUCAUUGCCUUUCAAAACCAUGUCGAUUUGACAUCCGACAUAAAGCCCAUCUAUAUCUUCACCGGUGUCUUCGCCGAAGUAUUCUUUGCGACGCCCGGCCAUGGAGACUUCUCGCCUCGUAAUUCGGGAUUAUGGGAUCCAGAGCGUAAAAGGCUUGAAAUUUGGGGCACAGGGGAUGAGCCUUGGCAUUGGACUACUGAGCGGGAUGCGGCGGAGUUUGCCGCGGAGCUUAUACAACGUGAUGAUGCUGCUGAAGGAGGAUAUUGGCGUCUCUGUUCUGGUGUUAACACUCUAAAAGAGAUCGCUGCCACCUAUGGGGAGGUAAAGGGGGUUGAUGUAGACGCAGAGGUUAUGGGGAAUGCGAAAGAUUUGAGGGAGAGAGCACUCCAAGCACGGCGGGAAGGAUCUCGGCGAAACUUUUGGUUAUACAUCGGUUGGUUCUACCAAUUAUAUACCGUGGAGGGAACCUGGUCCUUGAAAACGCUUGACAACGAUAAGUUGGGACUGCGCACUACAACCCUUCAGGAAUUCCUACAGCAGAAUCCAGCCAUUUAGUUUAUGAAGCGUCAAUACGAUGUAUGUGUAGGUGGGGCAAAGAGAAGGCAUACUUGGUAUCCUCAGGGGUCCAAUUACUUAGGACCAUCACCCUCCCUAGUUAUUUCAUGGUGUGAUAUGGAAGAAUGGGUCAGCGACAUGUCAUAUCAAGUCAAGCUAGAUGAUGUAAUAGUUGCUAUUUGGGACAACCUCAAUGAUUUGACAUACCCAAACAUUCAAUUCAGGCUUAGUAUUCAGAUAGUCUUGUUAUCGUAGAGGAUGGUAACACGUACCUAGUUGCCGGGAACUGAAGCGCCCACUGCCACGUUGAUGGUGCAAAUU